AUGUCUGCCGGACCCCCUCUUGGUCAACCUUGGUGCGCGAACAUUGGAAGCAACCCCAAUAUCAACCGCGAUCCUCCACCUCCGCCGCUCAACGUCGUCCAAGGCAGUGCCCCCCCUGCAUCAGGUGGUCAAGCAUUCAUUGAACGUCAACAGUCGCCCAUCUACGGGCCUCCAGUACCCAUCGGAGUCGCACCCUCCUUCGGCAUCGCACCUCCUUUCGGCGCAGGCAUCGGCUUAGGUAUGCUACCGCCUAUGCCCUUCAUGGACCCCUUCAUGUACGGAGGCGGGGGUCCAUUGGCCCCAAUUCGCUCUGGUAACUUCAUUCCUGGUGCUCAAGGCGGAAUAGGUUUCGGUCUACAUGCAGCUGGAGGCAUGCCAUUUCCACCUCCACCUCCUGGAGCACUGGCGACAGGCGUCGUCCCUGCCUUCGCCCCCGCUGCACCACUCUGGGCCGGUGGCGGUCUAGCCUAUGGCAACGUUCCCACCGUCGCCGGCGGAGCGAUGGGUGGGAUGAUGGGCGGGAUGAUAUCCCCAAUGGUGGGCAUGGGAGGCAUGGGGAUCCCCGGAUACCGACCCGCACCCAUGGCCAUGGACGGCAAUGGCGGAGCGCCUCCCCAGCCCGAGCAAGGCGAUAUCACGCAGAUCCCUGGUGGCGUGCCCCCCGGUAUCACACACGUCGAGGCCGGAGAGCACACCAUCUUCAUCCAGAUUAAAGGCAAUGUAUGUCCAUGGCUGUCUCCCGGCGCCCAGUUCCUGACUGAGGUGCUCAACAUAUCAAGCUCCACCGGCCUGAAUCGCCUGAUUCAAAUCUGCAACAAUAACGCAGGUUCGGAUGACUGCGAGAACCUGGCGAUCACCGAGUGCAUUGAGUUGGGUAAUGGUCUGUGGGAAAAAGGUCAGACGUUCAAGUAUGGCGAUGCUGUUGCGAGGGUUCUGACGAUGAAGGACGCUGGCUGGGAUAAUAAGAGGAACAGGACUGGGGGCCAGAGUCUACAUAUUUGGCUCCACAGGAUCUGA